UUUAAAUGGGGAAAGACUAUUAUAAAAUUCUUCAAAUCUCAAGAGACUCUAAUAGAGAGGAUAUUGCGAAUUCAUUCAGAGAGCUCGCUGUCAAAUACCAUCCAUUAAGAGAGACCAAGAGCUUGGAAGACAAAAGCUACAUUUUCUCAGAAAUUUGUGAAGCCUAUGAUGUGCUUUCAAACCCAGAAACUAAAAUUAUUUAUGAUCAGUAUGGGGAGAAAUUGCUUAAAGAGGGUAUCCCUACCCCAAAGGAGGGUCUUAAAGGUGGAUAUGCUUUCCAUGGAGACUAUUUAGAAGUCUUUAGGAGUUUCUUUGGCACCUCAAAUCCAUUUAUUGAUAUUACAAUGCCAGUUGUAGGAGGAAGCAAGAAGAAAGUUGAGGAAGAAAAGAAGGAUUGCUCCUCUACUGUUCCUGUGCCAAUCGAUCCAGAAACUCUAUCAAUCUAUUACUCAUCCAAAGAUGAGGUUCCAAAAGAAAUCCCUCUUGAUGAUAUUAGAAUGAGAGGGUACGACUUGAUACAGACAUACCACAUCAGUCUUCAAGAUGCUUUACUGUCAACCCCCAUUAGUAUUAUCACUCUUACUGGAGAAAGAAUUGAGCUCUCCAUAGAUGAAGUGAUCACUCCUCAGACAGAAAAGAAGAUUGAAGGGAAGGGACUCCCAUUAAUUAAAGAGAAGGAAUAUAUGGAAAAUCUCUUAGGCAAGCAGAAGAAGGGAGAUCUCUAUAUUGUUUUCGACAUUGAAUUCCCUACCAGACUUACUCAAGAGCAGAAGGAUCAACUCAAGGAGAUCGAAGAAAUAGCAGAAGGAGCAUAAUUCUUAUAA